CAAACGUACACUUUUACAAAUAUAUGCAUAUCGUUUGAUAUCGAUAUACGUGUAAUGUGUGUAUGUGUGUAUAUAUAUUUUUGAAUGCAUUAAAAGCCACUUAGUAGUCAAUACAACAAUGUAUUCACAUUCUAAAAACCCGUCGAAAAAUGUUUUUUGACAGCAACAAGAGAAUAUUUUAAUUUUUUUUAUUUCUUUUUUACUUUAAUGUUUCUAUUAAACUGUUGCGAACGUCAUUUGUAUAUUAGAAAUGAAUACAUCAGCUUGUGUGGGGUACGUGUGCGCGUGUGUGUGCGUGUAUUUCUCUAGAUACAUUUAUUAUAAACAAAAUAUAGAGAUACUCAACGAACGUCAAGCGUAUUGGUCACUCAGUCAUUUAGUCAUUUAGUCAUUUAGUCGAUUUAUCAUUUGUUUAUUUUCGACCGCCGCCGAUCACUCAUACGCCUUGGUUGGCUUGCCCUGGCUCGCUUUGGCUUGGCUUGGUUGUCGAUAAAAGUUUUUGGUUUAAAUUGUGGCUGACAAUCAGGUCGCGCUCAAUUCGUGAGACCUUCAUUUAGUCAUUGUUAACCAUAUAUACAUUUAUAUAUGUACGUACAUAUGCAUAUGUACGAUAUGUGUAUUUUGGCUUUGGCUGUACGGAAAAGAGAGAAAUCUCACACAUUUCCAAUAUAAGUAAGUUCAUAUGCAUAUAUGUAUGUUUGUAUGCAUGUAUGUGUGCAUAUUUUGGUGUGUUUUUAUUUCUUCAUAUUUUACGUAUACGUUUAUUAUAUUUAAUGUCGUUGUGCUCUUGUCAUUCAUCUUCACCGGCUCAGUUCACUACUGUCCGUCCGUCGGCCGCGUCGUUUUGAGUUUGCGUUUUGUUUUGAAAUAAAAGCUUUCGCAGUUUUUUUUUUGUCUUGGGUUUUCCUUUGUUGGAGUUCAUACUCGUACGAAAAGUGUAGAUUUUUUGCGUCGCUAAUAAAGAAAUUUCAAUUAAAAAUUUUGACAUUUCUGAAAUAUUAGACGAGCAUUACAAGCUAAGUACUAGUGUAUCGGAACUGUUCGUCAUUGCGCGUGUUUAAAUAUUCUUGGCUUAAUGUAUAAAUAUUGUGUCAAAUAUGCUCGAAGGUCGCGAUGAUCUCUCGCCGUCGAGCAGUCUCAACGGCUAUUCGGCCAAUGACAGUUGUGAUGUUAAGAAGAUCAAAAAAGGACCAGCGCCACGACUCCAAGAGGAAUUGUGUCUGGUUUGUGGCGAUCGUGCAUCCGGCUAUCAUUACAAUGCGCUCACCUGUGAAGGCUGUAAGGGUUUCUUUCGACGUAGUGUCACGAAAAAUGCCGUAUAUUGUUGUAAAUUUGGACGAUCCUGUGAAAUGGACAUGUAUAUGCGACGAAAAUGUCAGGAAUGUCGAAUGAAAAAGUGUCUAGCGGUGGGCAUGCGACCGGAAUGUGUUGUGCCGGAGAACCAAUGCGCUAUGAAGCGACGUGAGAAGAAGGCGCAAAAGGAGAAAGAGAAACAAACAACUGGUAAUUCGCCAAUUAUUUGUAAAACUGAAUCAAUAAAGAAUGAAAUACUCGAACUGAUGAACUGCGAACCGCCGUCGCAUCCAACAUGUCCGUUGCUACCUGAUGAUAUUGUGGCCAAGUGCAAGGCGAGCAACAUUCCGCCGCUCACACGCAAUCAGUUGGCGGUCAUAUACAAACUGAUCUGGUAUCAGGAUGGCUAUGAACAGCCAUCGGAAGAAGAUCUCAAACGUAUUAUGAGUACCCCCGAUGAGAACGAAAGCCCAAAUGAUAUCAGCUUCCGGCAUAUAACCGAAAUCACCAUAUUAACAGUACAACUUAUUGUGGAGUUUGCAAAAGGUUUACCGGCAUUUACGAAAAUUCCACAAGAGGAUCAAAUUACGUUGCUGAAGGCCUGCUCAUCGGAGGUAAUGAUGUUGCGUAUGGCCCGACGUUACGAUCACAAUUCGGAUUCCAUAUUCUUCGCCAACAAUCGUUCAUAUACGCGUGAUGCGUAUAAAAUGGCCGGUGUGGCUGAUAAUAUUGAGGAUCUAUUGCAUUUCUGUCGGCAGAUGUACUCGAUGAAGGUCGACAACGUCGAAUACGCACUCCUCACUGCCAUUGUGAUCUUCUCCGAUCGGCCGGGACUCGAAAAGGCCCAACUAGUCGAAGAGAUACAAAGUUACUAUAUCGAUACGCUGCGUGUUUAUAUAAUAAAUCGACAUUGCGGUGAUUCGAUGAGUCUUGUCUUCUUCGCCAAAUUACUCUCCAUUUUAACCGAGUUGCGAACGCUCGGCAAUCAGAAUGCCGAAAUGUGUUUCUCAUUGAAAUUGAAAAAUCGUAAACUGCCGAAAUUCCUCGAAGAAAUCUGGGACGUACAUGCCGUACCACCAUCCGUGCAAUCUCACAUACAAGCCACACAAGCGGAACGUGAAGGUUUAGAGCCGAACACAGCAGUCGCCACCACAUCCACAUCAGCGGCAGCAAGUUCAUCCUCCGGUUCGCCCACUGAUAUGGUAACUGGUAGCAGCGGCGGCGGCUUUGCGAAUCAUUCGCCCAAUUCCACGCCAGUCUCAUCGUCAGCAAUCGGUUUGAACGGUGGUCUAUCGUCAGCGACGACGGCUGGUACGUCGAGCCUCUACGGCAUGCCACUAAAACAAGAGUAUAUCAUGGGCCCCGGCAGUGGUAUUGGUAUCGGUGGCAAUCUGACGCUUAAAUCAGAGCAUUUAAUUGGCAUGCAGCUAUCAGGGGACCAUCAUAUGAUGGGCAUACAACUGAAACAGGAACAUAUGAUGGGUGGCAUGGAUCACAAUACGGCGGCAUAGCAGCACGCACAAGUGCAACAACAAACCCUACUGCUCGGCAGCAGCUCUGGUGGUGACAGUGGUGGUCGUACGCUACACGACCAUGAUGUUAAUAUGGACGACAGUAUGGAUGAUGCAAUGGAGGGUGGUGAUGCGGUUGCCGUGGAUGCCUUACAUGGCAGCGGUGGACAUGUGCUGGAAUGAAGUGAAUGAUUGGCAGGGUGGAGAGCAGCUACUGAGGAACAGAAGCAGUUGUUUUUUUUUUAUUUUGUGUGUUAUGCAGCUUACAUGCGAUGCGCCUUUUUGUUUAGUUUAAUAUUAAGCUUUUGUUUGUUGUUAAGCGGUGGGGUGAGGGCGCAUACAGCAUGGAGCUGCGUUACGUAAUGCAAUGCAUGAAGAAGACUGGCAGUGUAUGGCAGCUAGACAAGCAAUUAAGGAAAUUAGGGAAGUUAGAAGCAAGGCAAAUAUAAUACAUAUAUAUAUAUAUAUAUAUAUAUAUGCGUGUGUAUGUGCGCGGGUAAAAGCACAUACAUUUAAAAUAAAUUCAUAAAUAUAUAUGUACAUAUAUACGAUAGUGCAUACGUUAAAUUUUGUUGAUUUACUGUGCAAGCUAAAUGAGAAUAAAA